AUGGCGACUCUCUUCACUGCGACGGCUCCUUCCCACCACCGCUUCGUCUCUUCUUCCCAACAUCCGAAACAGAACCUUCCUUCUCAGCCGCUAAGCGUCGCCUUCACGGAGAAUCCGGCACCGAAGGCAGUCGCAUUGCAGCAGCAGCAAAUGAUGACGGAUUGGGUGGCUUCUCCUGUGACGCGACGGUCCGGAAUCGGCGCCGGAAUUGCCUGGGCGGGGUUUCUAGCUUUCGGUGCUGUCUCCGAGCAGAUGAAGUCACGACUUGAUGUGUUUCACGAAGACACCAACACAAGAGAUUUAGAAAAGCAAGAAGAGAUUGUCUUACCAAACGGCAUAAGGUACUAUGAUCUACAAGUAGGAAGCGGUGCUAGUCCAAGCUCAGGAUACUUGGUAGUGUUUGAUGUAAUGGGAAAAGUGGUUUACCAGUUCAUAUUCUUCGUAAUCACCGCUCUUUUCAAAAUCGAUCAAGUCACUGAUUUUGCAGGAAGCACAAACUUCGUUAUACUCGCUGUAUUGACUCUUGUUCUUAAAGCCACUUGGCAUUUUCGUCAGAUUGUAUUGACUUUGCUAGUUGUUGUAUGGGGUCUUCGCUUGGGGAUAUUCCUUCUAAUGAGGAUCUUGCAAUGGGGCGAAGAUCGACGCUUUGAUGAAAUGCGUGAAAAGUUGAUGAAACUUAUAGUUUUCUGGACUUUCCAGGCCGUGUGGGUUUGGACGGUGAGCUUACCUCUAACUGUUGUUAACGCAAGUGACGGUGGAGGAUCUCUUAAACCCGCUGAUGUUAUCGGCUGGACGAUGUGGGUUUUCGGUUUCUUGAUCGAAGCUGCAGCUGAUCAACAGAAGCUCUCGUUUAAAAACUCUCCAGAAAACAGAGGCAAAUGGUGUGAUGUCGGUGUGUGGAAGUACUCAAGGCAUCCAAACUACUUUGGCGAGAUAUUACUGUGGUGGGGAAUCUUUGUGGCUGCAUCUCCGGCUCUAGAAGGUGCAGAGUAUCUUGUCAUAUUCGGACCAGUCUUUCUUACUUUGCUACUUCUGUUCGUCAGUGGCAUACCGUUACUCGAGGCAUCAGCUGACAAAAAGCAUGGUAACUUGGGAGCUUACAGAUUCUAUAAGAAGACAACAAGUCCUCUGAUUCUGUUACCGAGAGGAAUUUAUGGGAACUUACCAGGAUGGUGCAAAGCUGUCUUUCUCUUUGAGCUUCCAUUUUACAGCCGAAAUCUACCUGAAGAAGUGGCUGUUUAG